UUAGCAAACUUUGCUAGCGCUAUUUAAAGAGGAAUAGCCGUUAACUAACUAGCGUAGCAUUAGCUGGUUGAAAUGCUAAAGUAACCGUUAGUACUUUAAGCUUCGAGAAAACUGAUUUAAAGUUCUUUAUUUGGUGUACCGACUAUAAGUGUAAAUUUAAUUGACUUCUAACUAAUGUUUGUCUUCCUGUGGACACUUUGAAAAACUCACCACACAAACGAAAAUGUCCAAACCAGGCCCCGCCUCACCGGGCCCCUCCCCGGCCCGCCUCCGGCCGCUCCCCCCGGCUCUGACCUGGCUGUGGGGUCCCUGAGAGCAGCAGCGGGGGCGACGUGGGGACGUCUCGGCACUUUCUCCUCCAUCACCGUCUGUCUGCUCCUUCCUCCUCCUCCUAGUUGAGGGACUUAUCUCCAAACAUGGGUUUUGUGGGUCUCGGUUCAGCGGUGCUCCUGGCGUCCCUGGUCGCUCUCUGCUCCGCCGGUUCGGACGCGCCCCGGGGGGUCGCGGUCGGCUUCGUUUUUGACCCCAAAGCGAAGUGCGAACCGUCGUGCGAACAUGGAGGAAUCUGCAUCCGCAAUAACACAUGCUUCUGCUCCAAAGGCUAUGAAGGAGAAAGCUGCCAGUAUGCCAACUGUUAUCCCAAAUGUAAAAAUGGAGGAACGUGUCUUCGCCCUGGAAAGUGCAGAUGUCCUCCAGGGUUUGGAGGAAGAUACUGUCAUAAAGUGACGUGUGAUGCAGGAUGCUGGAACGGAGGGGAAUGCAUUGCUGUCAACAGAGUGGCCAAGUGUAUCUGCCCCUCGAGCUGGACCGGAUCAAGAUGCCAGGAGGCGAUCUGUCCCCAAGGCUGUAGGAACGGGGGAAUCUGUGUAGCUCCAGGAAUCUGCAGCUGUCCUGAGGGAUGGCUGGGUGGGGCCUGCCACACUGCUGUGUGCACUCAGUCCUGCCUGAAUGGAGGGAAGUGUAUUUCUCCUGACAAAUGCCGCUGUCGCCCCCCUUUCUCUGGCCCGCGCUGCGAGGAGAGGAAGAAGUCCCACUAGAGUGACCCAGUCGGGGUCAAAGACCACUGAGGCCUAAUAAGGGACUUAAAGGGACAGUUUGGAUUUUUUUUAAGUGAGGUUGUAUAAAAUUCUUAUCCACAGUCAGUGUAUUACCUACAUUAAAUGGUGGUCAGCACGCCCCCAAUUUGGUGAAGCAGGCUGUGGACGGGGGCAGCAGCAAAAUAUAUUUUGGGUAAGUGUGCGGUAUAUUUUGAAUAUUUUGACCGCUUUACCUUGUCUUCAGACAGCCAUUUUCUGAUGUGGAACUGAAGCUGUUGUAUUCAGCUGUGCUCUCUUCAAAGCCACCAGACUCCCCUUUACAAAAACAGUGUUUUAUGUUGCAGAACACGGGAGUUGCUGGUGUACCGAUGACUUGAUUAUUUAGCUUGUUUGUGGGUUUGUGUGAUUUUUUUGGUGUUAUUGAUUAUUAUUGAUUUUACCGAAUCUGAACUAACCUUUUAAAACACCAAACAAACUAAUCGAGGCAGCAGUAGACCAGAAAUUCCCAUAUUCUGCAUGGUAAAAUUACAGUUUUUUUCAAAGGAGUCUGGUGGCUUUGAAGAGAGCAUAGAUAACAGCUUCAGUUCCCCAUCAGAAAAUGGUUAAAAAUAUUCUAAAUAUAGCGUACACUGAAAUAUAUCAAGGUUAGCAGCUUCCCUUCUGGCUAUGGAUAAGUAUCUAAUACAACUAAAUUUAAAAAAACAUUUGUAGUUUUUACAUUUUUUUACCGUAUAUAUGUAAUUCUUUUUUAAAGAAACCUUGAACCUGUUUAAUGUUCUCAUUUGACUGUAUA